GUGGAGGAUGAGAAAUUGCACUCUGGAAAGCCCAGCUGGGUGAACUUCAAAAAUGCUGUUUGGCACAAGUCAUUCGCAAGGAUUAUCUCUUUGUUAGCCUCAAAAUCAAAAAUGGGGCAAUGGUUUGAAUGUCUAGAUGGCGUUAUGCGCUGGUUUUUUCUUUGUAUUCUCAUUCUAUCAGCUGAUUUUGAAGAACAAUGUGUCAUGUCACUUAUGCGAGGACUCAUGAGCCUUUGGCCAUGUCCCGUUUGCCUCGUUCCUCGAAAUGACCUUUGGGAUACUUCGAAAACCUAUCGCCGACGAACAUCUGAAGAGUCACAGGCACUUGUAAAUACUGCACUCGCAAAAGAAACAUUUGAAGAGAGAGAGGAACUCCUGAAAGAACAGGCUCUUCGUUGUGUUGAGAGCGCAUUUUGGGCUGUGGCAUUUACUUGUGUCUUCUGUGCCCUGUCACACGACCGCUGUCACUUCAAUCAUGGCGGACUCUGGUCACGCCAUUUAUGGGUCGAGCUACAGAAAUACCUUGGGAUCCUUGGACGAGAGGCACUAUCGCAAGUCGACAAGAGCUACGAAAGAUUUCCACAUUGGCGGAACCUCAAACACCCAAACAAGGUUGUCGGUGUUACAUUCACAGACAGUUCUGUUCACGAGGACAUUUCCAAGAUGAUUAUUUAUGUGACACAUAAUGUCUUGACCGAGCAUGAUUCUCCGCUCAGUUAUCUUCUCCUACAAUGUAUACACCUUUACCUCGAAAUGGACAUCUACGCUGCGCUAGAAGUUCACACCACUAAUACGAUCAAUGAAGGGAGACAUACUGUCCAGGCAUUUACAGCGCUCAUGGGGCAAUAUAUGAAUCAAACUGCUGACGACAACGAGAAAAAUUGGAACUUCCCAAAACUACAUAUGGGCACGCAUAUAUUCGACGACAUCAAGGCUAAAGGCGCUUCCCGCAAUUACAACACCAAGCCGAAUGAGCAGAUGCAUGGGCCCAUGAAGGAUUGGUACCUGAACCAGACGAACUUCAAGAAUAUUGCGGAGCAGAUUCUUCGAAUUGAUCACUGGCUUCUCAUCGCAGAUGACAUCCAUUGUCGUAUAUCGGAUUUUGAUGAGUAUUCACAGUCGAAAUCAGAAGUAGACAAUGACUUACAAGAUGACAAUGAUUCGGAAGAUGUCAUUAUCAUGGAUGAUGACCCAGGCGUCAUUUUCUUGGAUCCAUCACCGCACAUCAAAAUUGGGUCAAGACAAAUAGCACAGACCUUCAGUUCACUCGAGAGCACACAUCAAGUUGAUGUUGGAUUCACUAACUUCCGCAUCAAGCUUAACGAUUUCUUAAAUGAGUUCCUGCCUGCCUGUAACAUUCCACUACCAGGCGGGAAAAGAAUUCAUUUUCAAUCAAAUGAUAUGAUCACCGAGUGUAGAUUCUUACGAGUCAACUAUGAGUCGCUGGUAGAUUGGCGACAGUAUACUGACUAUCUCCGGUGCAAUCCACAGUUCUUCAACGCACCACGUUUUGACUGCGUCAUUAUCUGGACAAACGACAACAUCAUCCUUGGAUGCUUAGCCUUUCUUUUUGAAUGCGCAGUUGGGAACGACUUGUUUCCCCUCGCUCUUCACAUAUUACAGUGA